GUCGUCAAUCGAAGUGGACCUGAGCCGCAGCUGCAUCAUUUCACCCAGAUAGACAUCAGAACCAGAGCAUAGCCGACUGAGCGCUGACAGCGCUCAAAGUUUUCAACAUCAAGCGCCCAUUCGAAGAAGGAGAUCCCGCAGGUGCGGAGGUCAGAUCCAACAAUAAACAGGUGCGUAUGGGCAACAACCCUGUAAGGAACAUGCCUGAGAAUCCACAAGAUGAGAUAUUUCAGGUCAAGAUCUUCAAUGCUGGAAACACUUGCUACUUGGAUUCAGUUCUCUUCGCGAUGUUUGCGGUUCCUUCACCUGCCUUUGAGCAGCUUCUCACCAAGAGGUGACGAUCGACUGCAUCGUGCUGGCAGACGAUUGAUUCCUGCGUUAACUCAUGGUGUUGGAACAGAUUUCCGGUCACUGACGGCCUGUCACUCUUGAAGCAAGAGCUCCAAAGCUACAUCCUGAAGAACUUCGUCGGCAGGAUUCGCCAUUUUGAGCAUAUCACAGUCGACGUCAUCGCAAACAUCCGCAUGCUGUGUAGGAAACUCGGGUGGGAGUACGUUGGUGCUCCAGAUCAGCAGCAGGAUGCAGGAGAGUUCUUUGAUUUCCUUUAUUCCAUCCUAGGAGGACAACUGAUCAGAACAACGCGUCGAACUUUCACUGGGGCUCUGCCAGACAGUAGCGACAAGGGACAAGAAGAGAACAUGACGCUUCUCCCAGUCCCCUUAUUUGACUCUCAAGUACAACGAAAUGAGCCUCUGAAUCUGCAAAACCUUCUGGACACUU